UAACUUUCAAAAUGGCACAACAUGACAAGUCGUCAUUCAUCAAGUUGGUGACCUUUUUACGAAUGAUGUUCUUCGAUAAAGUCGCGAUCUCAUCUUAACAAGGAAAAAGGUAGGUUUCACCUAUAUUACGUUUUCACCCAAACUUUCUAAUGAUGUGAAUCAUGAGCUAAACAUACAGAAAAUCAGGCGUGAGUUUUCAGUGGCGAUGCUGAAUCAAGCUAACAAGGCCAAUUAAGAAAAACACUCUCAUCUUUACAAUGUGUUUCAGCAUGUUUUUAUCAAUACUCUGUAGAUUUUAAUUAAUUUAACACAUUUUACAAUUCAAAUCUUCAGAUUUUUUAAUGAUGCAUAUUUUAAUUUUUAAUCAAACAAGUAAUUUCACUUUUCGAUUUUGGCGCCCUCCUCGAUCAGACGGGAACGAGCGAGAACUUCGAUUUGAAAACAAAAGAGCGUCUACGUAGGAGGAAGUUAUUUUGUGAUCGAAACCACGAACAAAGGCCCUUUCGAAAGGGAACUAACGCUUAUAUUAAUAUUUCUGAUCACAACUUUCGAUGAGUUAAGAAUUUCUGCGAGACGUCAGAUUAUGAGCACAUGGUAACCCGCUUACGAAUGGAAGAUCUUUCAGUUGACCGUAACUUAAUGGUAAUUUGAUAUAUGCCCAGGAUGGAUUUUCAUAACUAGAGUUGCGAAUUUCUUUCCUUUGUUAUUGACGUUUCUGUACUAGAUCACUGCUUCAAUCUACUACAGAUUUGUCCUCUGUCCUUAGAGGAAUGAAAAAAAUAUCUCUCUUUGAUGACAAAUUUCGAUUUCUAUGAUAUCUCCUUUAACCUACAAUUGUUUAGCGGAUGUUUCUCAGGCUGCUACUUCUAGCUAAGCCACAACUUGUCCUAAUCGUGAUCGUGUUCGUAAAUUUCCGAGUCCGUCAAUUGAAGUGUUAUCUUAAUCUAGGCAUUGUUUACAAUAGACAUUUAAUAUGUCCCCAAGUGCUUUGAUUAAAAGAGAAACCUCUGGCUUCUGUAUAUGCUGGUUUCUGAAGUUUAAUUGGUGCAUAUACUAUUCUGACUCACUGAACAAAAGUUCUGGUAUAAUUUUCAAUGAAUAAGAUUCAUUAACUUUAGAUCUCUGCCUCAGGUAAAUAUACAUACCCCAGAUGAAAGACUUCCUGUCUCCUGUUGACCAAUAUCAUUCUAAUCAUGUCUCAUAACAUCUUCCUAUAUUGCUGAAAUUACAAUAGGGAGUUAUAAGAAUAUUCAGGCUUAAAUUACUGCAUAACGCAAUGCUCCAUUACUGUAAUCUAUCAUUUUGCCUUUUUCAGAUUAAUUGAGAUUUCACAGACAUUAUGGAUAAGUCUUCUAAAAACAGAUAUCGUCUUAUUGCACAACAAAGGGCCGCACAAAUCAGGACACUGAAACAGGAGUCAAACCUCUCUAGGGCACGAAGCCAAGAUGGUAAACCUGUGACAUAUACGAAAAUGAAAGAAAAAACCAAUAUCAAGAGACAUUCUCGAGUCAUGUCUGACCCAGAAAUACCUGGGACACUAGUGAUAUUAAAUGCCAAAGGUUUGUUUCAAGGAAAGAUUGGGAACAAAACAGAUCGGAGACCAGGAUCUGACAGUUUGAUAACAUCUGUAAACAUUAUGGACACAAGUGAGGGCAGACCAAAGUUCUUUGACCCAUCACUUACUAGUAAGCAAUCAAAAGUGUGUGAUCUAAGGAAGAGGUUUGAACUUGUUGAAAGUGACAGAGGGAUUGGAGCUGCUGGUGAUUUCUUGAAUCCAUUGCACAAAGUCAACAAAAACUUGAUGGGUAAAACCAACAGAGAGAAACAGAGAGAUUCAAAGACUAUUCUGGAAGAUACAAUUACUUUUAGUGAACAGGUAAUGCCAGGAAUAUUACCUGUUGAGGAAACUAAAUUAAUGGAUGAGUGUUCUUCAAAAGCAUCGCAAGACAAGGUUGAAAUGCCAACACGACCUCCUCCAAGAGCUCUACCAAAAGAUGUAAAAAAUCGUUUUCGUGGUGAAUCAGACCCCAUGCCUUUGGAUGAGAACCGAGUGUCAAGGGUUCUUGCUUUCCCUCAGGAUAAUUUGCAUUCUGUGAUGGAAUCAAACCAGGAGAAUUCAGUGCAACAGAGGUCAGAAACUGAAAAACUUGAAAAUGCCAAUGAUUGUAACAAGGAAGGAGAAGAUCAUGAUGAUGACGGAUCCGACGAUGAUGGCUGGGACAGUGAUUUUGAUGAUGAUGAUGAUGAUUUUGACAACAAUGAUGAGGAACUAAAACGUGACUCACAGUCAAGCAAUGACAGUUCUUGUGAUACAGCACCUCUUGUAAGUUUCUUUCAUUUUGAUUGAAUUGUUUAUAAUAAUAACUUUACUCUUUCAUUUUCAACCAGAAAAUCAUGAAUGUCACACAUUUCACAUGUAAAUCAUUUCAACUUUUUAACCCUUUAACUUUCAAGAUCUGAUUGCUGAUUCCCCUCUCUAGCUAUUAUACAUUUCCUUGAAAAUUAAUUGCAAGAAUUUGGUGUCAGAUCAAAAUAACAACUUCUACAUGUUUUAAUAAGAAAACUGAAAAGUUUGAGUCUUGUCUUUACCUGUGUGCUGGUUGAUGUAUGGAUAUUAUAGGGAUAAAUAACUUGUUAAUUACAUCAAGGAGUUAAAGGGUUGAAAAUGAUUUAACACAUUUCAGGCUUUCAUCCUUUUGCAGAAUUUUGUUUCAGGUUAUAGGUUCACUUCUUAGCUGUAGAUGCUAAGAAGUGAAAUGGUCUACUUAAUAGUUUUUGCAACAUUAUCUUAUAAAUAUCAUGAUAAUCAUUAAUGAUAUUGUAGAAACUGUAAUAUUAUGUUAUUCAAUUUGUAUUUUGUAUAUACAGUUGAUAAAUAACAUUUAAAUAGGGUAAAUGAUUCUACAAGCUGAAACAUUAUCCUAUUUGGCAGAAAAAUUAUGCACAUGAUUUAUACAGAGUUGGAAUUUUGCACAAUUGACCAAAUGGUACAGCAAUGUUCAAACUGAACUGCACAUCUUAAAAGUACAUGUUGUCCCUGAUGAAAUGCUGUUUUUCUCAGUAGUACAGUAUAUUUUUUUUAUCUAAAUGCCACCUGGGUUUGAGUGACGAGUAUUUUUACCAUUGUUGAAAUGUUUUAUGCAGUAUUCUGCCCUCUCAAUAUCAAAUUCGGCUUUGUUUAGCCUCAGUCUUUCUUAAAGACUACAAUUCUUGUCUAAAUUUUAUUUUCAGGAGAUAUUUUAGUCAUCAUAACAAGCAAAAGUUCACUAUUGUUCUUGGUUGUAAAUCGGGACAUAAAAUAUUGCAAACUUUUUAAUGACAGGAAUUAGUAGUAGAGUUGUAAUGUGUUAUUUAACCAAGGGUAAUAUCAAGGGUUUUGAACUAUAGCCAGCUGCCAGCAGCUUAUUGCGUCCCAUAAGACUUCCUACUGUCGUCUGUUCAUAGCUUGGAAGUAGGCUCAUGUUUGGGUUUUUGCCUUUUCUGGGUACAGCCACCUAUUAGACCAUUUGUCAGCUGUCUAUGGAAAAAAUUAUCAAAAACCCUAAUCAAUAUUGACUUUAGAUUAUUAUCUAAUGAAUAUUGACACAGGCCUCUCAAGCUUGAAAAAUUUAGUUCCUGCAGUAAGCUUAUUUAUGUCCUUAUUUUAUCCAAAUUUAUGAAAGAUUUUGAUUCCUUACCUCUCUGUAUCCUGUAUCCAAACAUUGAGUGGAUCUGACAUACCAGACAUACCUGUAUCUGGAUGGAAAUAAAGUAAUUUUAUAGGGCCUGACAAUUUUUAACAGAUCAUUACUCAGACUGGAAACAUUAGCACAUGAAAUUUGACAAGAAAAAUUUCAUGAAUGGAGUAUAUUUAGACAUCACACCAAAUUUUCAUGAACAGCUAACAAAGAAAUCUAUGGUGGUAAACAGGAAAAUUUUCAUUCCAAACUCAUGAUGAGUGAAAAAAUUAACAGGAUAAUUAGUUUCCCACGUGCAGAUAUUAAAUCCCCUACUGAGCUGUUAUGCAAAACAAAUGAUGCUAUUUUUAAUUUCCCUUGGACAGGAAUUUCCUGAUGCCAUAAGUAAGAAGCUCUACAAUAUUGCCAUGGAAAUUCUUACCACUGAAAGAGCGUAAGAAAGUGUUUGUCUUUUGCAAGAUUAUUUCAUUUUGUGAGAAAUAAUUAGAAUUAAAAUUUUUCUUAAGGUACUAUCAAGUCUUUGUAUGUAAAUCUCUAACAACAAUGAAUUUAUAGUCAGUAGUUCUAAAAUUUAUUUUAGUCUAGCGUAAUCAUUUGAUGUGGAGAAAAGUGCAAUUCAGGUGCCUUGAAAAAAAUUGGAUUUGAACUAAGCCUUGAGAGAAAUCAGUUUCCUUAUCAACCCUUUCCUGCCUGAGGGAAAUGCCAUAUUUUUCUAAAAUGAUAAUGAUAAACCACUAGAUCAUGGAUAAUAUAUCAUUUUAAAGGCAUUUUUUGGGGUAUGCUAUAAAGGACACCAACAGGUGUAGAGGAGAUAACUGGAAAGACAGAGAAGUGUCCAAAGUGAAAAUUAAAAAGGUUGAAACUUUUCGUUUGCCUUGGACAUAUAGGGUAUACCACUAAACUAUAGCCUAAAUUGCAGCUCUCAGAGCAUUGAUUGUUGUGACAUAUCACCUGAACCAAAACAGUACAAAGACAAAAAGUUCCAAAAGUUGCAAGGGUGGUAAAGUCUUGUAUUGGAGGGGCCAUGAUUUUAUGCCUUCAAUGUGCAGAUCUUUCAAUGAUCCUUUGGUUGUGAAAAUUUCAGAAAAAAUGAAUGAAUAUUAAGCAUGUAAUGGCAUCCUGUGCCAUAUGGCACCCUUGGGCUAGAAAGGUCUGUACUUUGUUUGGGUUUAGAUAUAUUGUCUGUAGAUUUUUCAAUCUGGAUUGUUUUGUGUUUCAUUAGCCUUUUACAAACUCAAAAAGGUUGGCAACCAAAAAUGUUUUGUUUCUCUUUCUGUUGGUUUGGCCCUUGAAGCCAAGCAAUCAGGGAUUGAACCAGUUCUUUUAACAUUUUAACUCCCAGACCAAAUUUGUAAUUCUCCUUACUGUCAACCAUACAAUUUUUAUUACGUCAGUUCAGAGAAUUUGGUAUUGGAUCAAUUAAUCAUCUCCAAAAUGAUAGUUUUCUUUAUUCUCAUCACUUAUCUGGUUGAUAUUGUAUUGAUAUUGUAAGGAGAAAUUCUGUCUUGGUCACUCAUGGGAGUUAAAGAGUUAACUUUGUGACCUUAUUAAAAUUCAUGGUGAAAUUAAGCGAGGCUUGAACCAGGAAAACAAUAAUUAAUUAUCAUCAGUAUCAGCCAGAAAAUUCUUUCAAUAAGUUGUUUUAAUUUUUGAAGAUCUGCCAAUUUCUCCCUUUUUUUUUCUUAAGAUUUUAGAGUUUCUUUCCAAGGACCAUUUUAUGAUUUUAGGUUUUCAAAUGGCAACAGAAAAAAGUUGAGCUCAGAGUUCUACCAUAAUGAUUAAAAAUCAUUCUUCACUGAAAAUAUUACUACACUAGUCUCUUUUUUUUUUUUUGAAAACUUAUUGUUCUUAAUUUAUUUAUUUCAUUUACAGUUACGUCAGAAGACUGCACCUACUUGAUCAGGUAAGACCUGAAAAUACAAGUAACACAUAGUCUAUUGUGACCAUUUGCCCUAUUUGGAAACAAAAAUGGAAAAAGAUGGGAAGAGAAAAACAGACCUGAUAUAUUUAUCGCAGUCAAUUCCAGUUGGAAAAUUUAAAGUGACAAUGUUUCUCGCUGAAACAUCCUAUCUUGUAGAUUUGUUAUAUGAUUCUAGUUCAAUUUUCAGUCAGUAUUAAGUGCAAUAAUUUUGAUGGCAAUGUAUGGAACAUGUUUUUAAGAAAACUUCUUUUGCUAUUGUGAAACUGGCUUUCAUUAUUGCAUUCAGUGUUUAUUAAUUAUAAAUAAUUGUUACUACUAAGCUUUUCAGUUUGGAAUGUGAUUAGGCAAUACCAGUUUUUUCAUAGUAUUUUUUUUUACAAGGUAGUCAUUUAUGUAGUAAAUCAUUUGAUUAAUUCUUUACCUAUACCAUCAUUUAAAGCAAUAUAGUUUUAAUAUGAGAGAUCUUGAAAUUCAAGUUUCCUCACAAAUUUUUACAAAGAUGUCUCAAACUUUUUGCAGACAAGAAUCAAAGCAGUACACAGGGGAGAUGUCAUCCAUCUCCUUUGCUACUGUUGACUACUCAUGUCAGGCAAUGCCCUCCUCCUUAGAGAGUGGGAGAAAAAUUAUUUGCCUGGAAAGACACUGACAACAAUGGCUGUGAAAAAGACCUUUUUGACUCCCUUUAAAUUCCUUAAAGUUUUCUUUAAUAACCGCUUGUGUUCAUUCUGAUUUUGGUAAAUAAAAAAGGGCUCUAUAUAUUUGUUAUUGAUUUAUUUUGUUCUAUGUCAAUUUUAGGUCUUUUACUUGCAAAUUAAUGACCAGUGCUGUGCAAAAAGUAUUUUACCUAAGGAGGUGCUCACUGACAUUUUUUCCAACAUACAAGCUAUUCACCAACUGCACAGAGAUUUCUUACUACCUAAAUUGGAGGCAAGGAUGAAAGAGUGGUAUGUUUUUUUUUUUGGCUUUAUGUAUUCAACUGAAGUUAAAAAAAUAGAUAUUUAAUGAAUAUUUAAUGAAGCAAAGCACAGUAAGCCUUUAUUUGGUUCAUUUCUUUGUGAACUGAAACAGAGUGCUCCUUUACCAUAGAUGAAAGAAAUUUUUCCCAACUCCAAGGCUGCAGUGAGUGGAUCAGUCAAUCAGUAAAUUAGUCAGUCAAUCACUUAGUCAGUCAGUCAGUCAGUCAAUCAAGUCCUCUCUCAAUCAGUCAGUCAGUCAGCUAUAGUUAGUCAGUUAGUCAGUCAGGUAGUCAGUCACACAGUCAGUCAGUUAAUCAGUCAAUGAGUCAGCAAGUCAGUCAGCUAGUCAGUCAAUCAGUCAGCUAGUCAGUCAGUCAAUCAGUCAGCUAGUCAGUCAGUCAGUCAGCUAGUCAGUCAGCUAGUCAGUCAGCUAUUCAGUCAGACAAUCAGUUAGUUAAUCAGUCAAUCAGUCACAGUCAGUCAGUUAUUAAACAGUCAGUGAAUCCAUUCUCAACAAUUAUUUGAUGAAUUUGCCUGAUUAAAUUCAUAAAUCAUUACAUCAUAAUUGUUAUAAUUAUUAUUAUUAUUAUUAUUACUAUUAUUGUUAUUUUAUUCUUUUUUUAUCAGGGGCACCAACAACCAAAUUGGGGACAUUCUUAAAGAGCUAGCUCCAUUUUUAAAGGCAAGUGUGCUUAAAAUUAUUUCCCAUAUACAUUGUUGAUAUCUUUUUGGCAUAUUUGUAUGUCAUACUAUUUCUUAAAGUGAUUCAAAAUCCAUGAUGAAACCUCACUCCCUUAUGUUCUGUAUCUUAACUCAAUUAAACACUUUGACCCCUAAAAUUGAUUGGCAUCUAAUUUCUCCUUACAAUUAUCACUCUCAAAUCUUACAAUGAGGUCAUGAGAGUACAGAGAAUGAUCACCAACGAAAGAAACUCUUGAUUAUUCAACAAAUUUUCCUCAUCAGCACCUUAGGAAGUGUAUAGGGAACAGUAUAGAGAAUAUGCAUACUGAUGUUAGGGUGUUCAGGUUUAAAGAGUGUUACACAGUAGAUCAUAGCUUUGUGUCCUGUUAUUGUCUUGAAUUAUUAUGAAUUCGUAACCAGUAAAAAAAAAUUGGUGGUUUGAAUCCGUAAAGAUAUAUUAUUUCUUACAACUAUCGUUUUAAACUAUCAUUUGAUUCCAUUUUCCCAAGCUUGAUGCUUACGUUUUGGGAGGUCUCCUAGAGAGAGACUAAUUCAAUUAAUGUUGUUUUUUUGUCAUUUUGUGCUCUUUCAGUUGUAUACACAUUAUGUUGGAAACUUUGACAAAGCAACAGAAACUUUAGCAUCUUGGAUAAAAAAGUCACCUACUAUGGCAGCCGUGAUCGAGGAAAUCCAAGUACGUUACGCAACGAAAUUUUCAAUUGAGUGUCGAAAAUAAUGCGGGAUUGCUUUACUUUUGUUUUAUUUAGCUCUGUAAUUUAUCCAGAAAACUUGCGCCGCUUUCUUAACCAAUCAGAUUCAAAACUAAAACCAACCACGACUUGGUCACCCGCGUUCUCCUGCGCUUUAUUAUUCGAGUUCUCAUUGGCUCAUGGUGUUAUUUUCUUUGCCAUGGUUGGCUGUUGUGAUUGUUUUGGUCAUAGUUUUACGACGUUCAAUCGAAAAGCACUCUGACACAUAAAUGUUCACGAAACUAUUUUUAUUUACAAUUUUGUCGCGUAAAAAUAAGUUAACUACGAAUUUGUGUAAAAACUGAAGUCGUUUUUAGCUGUCAUGUGAUUAUCAGAAGAAUUAAACCUUGUCUUAUUUUUUGCUUCCCCUUAGAAAACUGAGGAGUGUGAACAUUUAACGCUUCAACAUCACAUGUUGGAACCAGUGCAGAGAGUGCCGAGAUACAAACUGCUCCUAAAAGGUAAUGUUAGUGCUUAAGAUUGCUAAUAGCUUAAUAAGGCAAUUUUUUUAUUGAGUGUCGAAAAUAAUCCGGAAUUACAAUGGUUUUCCUUCAUUCCGCUUUGUGAUUGGUUCAGAAAACUCACACCACGCUUUCGACCAAUCAGAUGCAAAACCAUAGCCAACCGCGCCUUGGUCACUCGUUUUUUUCCCGCGCUUUAUGCAGAUUACCUUUUCUCUUUUUGACAUUUUUGUUUGUCGUGAAGGGCCGUUAUUGCUGUGAUUUGAAAUGCGCUCAGCUUGCCUGGUAGCUGGCGUUUUUUGUGUGCUUUAAAGCACUUAGAGGCGAAGCCGCGCGUGAAAAUAAAUCUUUUCCGUCCCAAAGCGCCCGCUCACAUAUCGCAUAAUUGUAGGCCAACGUACGCGAAUACAUUUUCAGGAUCAAAAUACAACAGUGUACAGCUCAAUUGCGGCAAAAGUGUAAGAUUAAAACCUGGUGUGCAAAGGAUAUUUUUUUCCCUUGAUGAUAGAGGAUCUUAAGCGAAAGUUUCAAGCUUUACCUCUUUCAUUACGUCUUAACCCGUGUAGAAGAAAAAACUGCAAACUUUUAUAAUUUUUCAAAAAUCCCGGUAUAGGUAGUGUUGCCAUGGUUUUAUGUGUGCGCCCGCAAAAGUUCCCGACAAACGCAGACGUAUUUCAGUCCUGUUCGGUCGAGUCUGACGUGAAAAGAAAAUUGUCUGUUCGUGUUCUUUGUUAACAUUCCUUCUCAUCUCUUUGUUCAGACUAUGUCGCAAAGCUCCCAGAAGAUUCUCCUGACUUGAAGAACACUACAGGUAUGCGCCCCUGUCUUUCAUGUUUUACUUCCUCUCUGUCAAUUUGUUUCUCUAUCUCCUUUUUUUCCGAGCCGAACUGCUUUGAAAAUCUUUUUUUUGUUUUGUUAGAUGCCUUAAAAAUCAUCUCAGCUUCAGCUCAGCAUGCCAAUGACAGCAUGAAGAAAACAGUAAGUCUUGAAUAAAAUCUGGAAUCUGUCCUGAAGCACAGAUAUGUUAGCAGUAAUUUCUUUUUCUUGAAACCUGUGUCAACCUUUUCUACAUCGUGACGAACCUGUAGAAUUCUUUCCUUUCCUCUCUUUUACCAAAUUAACCCUUUUAUUCCCAUGAGUAACCAAGACAGAAUUUCUCCGUACAAUAUCAAUACAAUAUUAAGCAGACAAGUGAUGAGAAUAAAGAGAAAUAUCAGUCAGGCGAUUAUUAGUUGAUCCAAGACCAAAUUCUCUAAACUAACUUCAUGAGAAUUGUAUGGGAGACAGCAAGGAGAAUUACUUAUGAGAUCUUGGGAGUGAAAGGGUUAACAUAACUUUGCCUCCAUGGUUCUGAAGAUUAUUCAGUUUUCACGUUGCAAAGGAUUUUUUGUCUUUUAAUGAUGAUGAAGAUGAUGAUGAUGAUGAUGAUGUGAUGAUGAUGAUGAUGAUGAUGAUGAUGAGGACGACGAUGAUAACAAUAAUAAUGAUAAUAAUAAUAAUAAUAAUAAUAAUAUUAAUAAUAAUAACAAUAAUAACAACAGUGAUUUAAAAUCCAAGUCCUAUUUACUCAUUCUUUUUUGAAAAAAGGUCUUUUUGACAUUAGGUCUUUUUUUUUUUUUUGACAAAGGUCUUUUUGACAUUACACAUUAGAGUCAUCAUCGUUUUUCUUCAUAAAUUUUAAACUUAAAAUAGUAAAGGAAAAAAUGCUAAUAAACGAGCGACAUAUUUACAAUAAUAAAAAUGAGACUCUUAAUGUCUUUAUAAAAUAAAACCACACUAUACCAUAAUAAUUCUAAUGAUGAUAAUAAUAACAGUAACAAUAUUUAUAAUUAUAAUAAUUUUCUUUUAAAAACAGGAGCGCUUCAAGAUUCUUUUGGAAAUCCAAGAAAGAAUAGGAGAUGAUUAUCCACUGAUAACUGCUAGUCGUGUAAGUAUCUUUUUCAACCGUUAUGAAACAGGUUUAUCCCAAUCGAUUGUCGAUGGCUUAAACUAAAUUUGCAUCUUUGUUGUUGUUCCAGGAAUUUGUGAUGGAAGGAGAAGUUAGGAAAGUUGCGGCGAGGACGACAGACAGCCAUCAGGAACGAACACUGAUGUUGGUAAGCAAAUAGUAUUUCCAGGAAAAAAUUUUAGCGUUAGUCCCAUUUCGAGUUGAACGGUGGAUAACCGUGGAUAUGUCGCGAGAUGUCGCGAGAUCGUUCCCCGGACCGAACCAACACUCGGGCUCAUAAAACGACGUGGAGAAUUCUCCGCCUUUGCGAUAACAUCUGCUUAAUGUCAGACAUUGUCGCUCUCUCCGAUAAGAACUUGAAAGUAUAUCUCUCGUCUCCCGCACCUGUAGGGCUAGAAGUUCAUAGUUUUGUAUUCAGGGCUAGCGUCCGAAAUUCGUGAUAUCUAAAAAAAAAAAGUCCCUUCUAUCUUUUAUAAAUGUGUAUUGUGGUGAAAGUCACGCGUAAAGUGACGUAAACUGUAAGUGAAUUCGUAGACAUGAGCUCUAGGGAAAAUGCUCUUUUGAUAUAUUCCAUUGAUGAAAUAUAUCAGCGGAAACGGGCGAACGACGUUUGGCGGUUGUCAGGGAAACCAUUUUUUGGCGACGCCCUCGCAAUGUUUCGCUCCCCAGCUUUUUCGCCCUUUUCUACUUAAAGAGAGCCUUGGAAAAGGGAAGGAGAAGCUAGAUUUGGACCAUUUAUUUUACAGUUCAACGAUAUUCUUCUUUGCUGCGCAAAGUUUCCUGGCGCCAACAAAUACAAAGUGAAAGUACAGAUGGACUUGUAUGGAAUGGAAGUUGACGACGUCGACGAGGAACUGGAACUAGAGAACUCCUUUCGUAUCAUAAGCAAACAAAGAGUUAUGGAUUUCACUGCAGCGUCCGCCGAGGAGAAAGAAGCUUGGGUUAAAAAACUGAAAGAGACCGUGGAUGAACUGACAACAAAAAGAGAAAGUUAUCGAAGAGGGAGCAAGCUUGAAGUCAUGAAUGAGGGAGACCUCGGAAAGAAAGCGCCGGCCUGGGUACGAGACGAAGCAGUGAGCAUGUGCAUGUUGUGUGACAUCCUGUUUACGAGGAUUCGUCGGAGGCACCAUUGUCGCGCCUGUGGGAGGGUGGUGUGCGGAAAUUGUUCUGGUUUCAAAGCACCGCUGGAGUACAAGAAUGGGAAACAGGAGAAGAUUUGCGAAAUUUGUCACAAGAUUCUCAUGAAAGGCUCCAGCGAGGAAGCGGUGAAGGAAGCGGAAGGAAAAGGGCAAUGCGUGUUGAAAAUCGGCCAAGAAUCAAAGAUUUGGCACAGUGGAUACUUGAAUUUUAAGACCAAAGGUGAUAGGAGCUGGCAGAAGAGAUGGUUUGUGCUGUCGAGUGACUUUGUGAUGUUCCGGUACAAGGCCAAAAAGGUAAAGGAAAAUACUGACCGAAAAUAUUACUGCAAUUAGUAUCAGCACCAAACUGAUACCUUCAUUAUUGGAGCACUUUUUGGUUGAGUGUCGUGAAACCAAAAUCAAAACAAUCACAACAGCCAAUCAGAAGAAAGGAAAUACUUUUAAGAGCCAAUGAGAGUGCAAAUAAAAAACAGCCAAAAGCGCGGGAAAACGCGGGUGACCAAGUCGUGAUUGGUUUUAGUUUUGCAUCUGAUUGGUUGAGAAAGUGGCACGAGUUUUCCGAACCAAUCAUAGAGAGGAGUAAAGGAAAACUAAAGCAAUCCCGGAUUACUUUCGACACUCAAUUUGGAAAUUGCUCUUAUAUCAACAUUAUUGCAGUACCAGUAACAACAUUGUUCCAGUAUUGGUGACAUUUAAUAGUUCUUUGAACUUUACCAAAAAACUGUGACCGAGAGGAAGCUUUUGUUGGGCAAGGUUGUCUAAUUGAGUUCACGACUUCUUAUACAGAGAAACUGAACAACGCAAGCGAAAAAAAUAUAUUUGAAUCUUAAUUAAGUUUGGUGUAAGUUUUUAGGGCUUAAGGUAAGAAGCCAGAAGCCCCUCAUUUCGCAAACGUUCAAGUUUCAAGUCUAAAUUUGAUAUAACCUCCUGGAGAACGAGUAACACUGAAAAAAGGGUAGCAGUUGCUGCGAUCGCCACAGAGUGAUUUCUAUUACUACGCAUUCGUCUCUGAACUUUUUCCCAACAAUCUCAACGAUUUCUGUAAUUCUUAGAACCAGAUUUAAGAACUGUACAAGAAGGUAAGUUCCUAAAGAAACUGUGGUGCUGCGUCGGUGGGAGAGUAUAGCAGGUAAUUUAGUGUUAACAACUGAGUUGAAAACGUAAAUUGGCCACCGUAAAGAGUAAAAAGCUGACGUUUCGAGCGUCAGUCAUUCGUCAGAGCGAUAGACGAAGGGCUAACGCUCGAAACGUCAGCCUUUUAACUCUUUACGGUGGCCAAUUUACGUUUUCAACUCAGUUGUUAACACUAAAUUACUUGAGAACUGUAAUACAAUUUAUCUGGCCCCGUUUGUUCGAAGGUUGGAUGACGCUAUCUGCUCGAUAAAUCUCUAUUCGGUGGAUAGUUUAGUAUGAUUUGCUAUCAUUUGUCCGCUGGAUAGCGAUUUCUCUGUUGGAUAACGUUAUCCCACCUUUAUACAAUUGGGCCUUGGAGUUGAAUUCAUUGAAUGCGAAAUUUGUUUUCUCCUUCCAUACAGGAUACCAAAGCUGAGUUCAAUCUACCCCUCCCUGGCCAUCAUGUAGACAAGCUAUCCCCAGUAAGUUAUCGUAGUCAGUGCUGCCUAAAAAAUAUUCUGUUGACCGCACAGUGAAAUUCCAGUGUCAACCACGUUAUCCCGCGCUUCAGGCGCUGGGCUUGUUGUUACUUGAAGUUCUGAUUGGCUCCUCGUGAUGUUUUCCUUUAGUUUAUAAUAAAACAGUGGACAGCGUUGAAGGCGCGCUCUUAUUGGCCACUCAAACCCCGACUGUCCUUUACUGUUCACCUCCGAGCUACGCGCGUGGGAUUUACCCAUGAAACGAGUGCAAAUUAUCUUCUUAUGAUAUAUUAUUUCACCGUUUUAGUAUAAGCGAAAACAGCUUUUGGCCUUCCCUCAGAUGAAAUCCUGAUUUGCCGUAGUGAUCACUUGGGUAUUCAUUUUUCCAAAAAACAGCAAAGUGCUUUAGAUCCUCUUCGAUUUCCUAUUGCUUUACAGCAUUUUGACUGCAAGUUUUUUAGCGGAGCACAAAAUGCAUGUAAAUCGUGGAAACGGUUUUUCUCUUUCUGAGCCACAAACUUUGCACGGUUUUUAACAAGAUUUUAUUACUUGUAUGCCUGCUUUUCCGCUAAAGCGACAUUCUUGCAAAGCCUCUUAAUAGGAUGGAAAUGUUUGAGUUUCACCUAAACUACUGUCUCAAUUUUCUGCGCAUGUGCUGUUCUACGUUUGGACAGAGCCGCAAUGUAAUGUUCUUUUCAAAAGUAAUUUGUAGAUACAGCAUUAAGCAGAUGCUAUUUCAUGUAUCUUUUUACAUUUUCCUUUAUAGGCAGAUGAGGUGGACCGCCAGAAAAAUGUGUUCAAAGUGCAUCACAAAAACAUACGAGUGUUUUUUUUCCAGGCCGAAAGUGCGGAGAGCAUGCGAAGGUAAUGAUAACUGACGAAAUUUCAAACUCUCCCUAUUAAUUUGUAUACGUUUCUCGUGAGAAUUUUCAGUGAAUCAGGGAUCGCUUUGACUUGAUAUUUAUACGCAAGUUUUAGUCUCCGCGCUAGAAUUCAAAUCGCGGGGCCUGGGCUCCAGUACUGGACAGGAUUAUUGUAAGGUGUUGUGGUCAAUAUUCUUUAGUCCUUAACCUUUGACUCCCAAGAUCUGAUUGCUAAUUCUCCCCUCUAGCUGCUACAAAUUUCUUUGUUAACUUGUUUCGGGAAUUUGGUGUUAGAUCAAGAUGAUAACUUCUACCUGAUUAGUUUGAGUAUUCUCAUAAGCUAUCUGCUGGAUAAUGUAUUAUGACAAUAAUAAUAAUAAUAAUAAUAAUAAUAAUAAUAAUAAUAAUAAUAAUAAUAAUGGUUAUUAUUUGUAACGCGCAUUUUACAUAUGCAUAUGAUCAAAUGCGCGAUAAAAUAAAUAGAAUAAACUAAAUGUAAAUAUAAAUGCUCGAUGAAAAUUUAAAUACUCGGUCCUGCAUCAAAAUAUGUUGAAAUAGUAUGUCUUCAAUAGAGAUUUAAAUUUAAUUAAGUUAUAUGCAUUUCUUAUUAAACUAGGAAGACCAUUCCAGAGUUUAGGAGCUGCACUUACAAAAGCCUUAUUACCUAAAGUUUUCUUCGUUCCAGUGGUUAAUGGUUGUAAUAAAAGCUUAUUAUUAGAGCGCAAACUAUAUUUCGAAGGCUGUUUUAUCUUAAUAAGACUAGAUAUGUAAUUAGAAGCAAAGCCAUUGAUAGCCUUAAAAGUAUUUACUUCAAUUUUGAAAUUAAUUCUCAAUUUAACAGGUAACCAGUGCAAAGAACGUAAAGCUGGUGUUAUAUGACAGAAUCUAGGAACAAUGCAAACUAACCUGUUUGCUGUAUUUUGAACUCUUUGCGGGUUAUUUUAAAUGAAUGUCGGGCACUCUGAAAAGAAGGCUAUUACAAUAAUCUAUUCUUCCAUUCCUAAUGCAUGAACUAAUAUUUCCGCAGAUUCUUUAGAAAGAUAUUUUCUAAUGCACCUUAAAUUAUGUAAAAAAUAUGGAUGUUAUAAGAAGUUACAUGUGAGUUUAAUGGUGAAGUGCCUCUGUCCACCCAAAUAUAUACCAGCACAUUGUCAGAAAACCUGACGAAAGGGGGGGAGGGGUAACUCUCGACAGAUUAGAAUCCCGUGUGGAAGCGGAUGGGGGGGGACUGGGGUUGGUAUUGCUUCUUGUUGCCAUCUGGCACAGAAACUAGGGAUCAACGUCAAUAUCUGGGCAACUGCGCACCUACCCUUCCCCUAACCCAACUUUAACCCUGACUUUUUAAUCAGUUGACAGUUGUUGGACAAGGGGAGGGGUAGGUGCGUAGGUGUGGUAUCAUCUCGAGCGGUGUGUCAGUAUCCUUACACAGAAGAAUAUAUCGAGGAAUAAUUUCUCAACCCAUGGCAAUGUUAUAGGAGGUCGAUAAUGAAAACUGUCCAAGUGAUCAUUCUUGGAUAAGACUACCCAAAAUGGCUGCAUUUUGUUAAAUUCUCUGCACCUUAAGUCAAAGAAAAUAGGCGGAAAUCUUUAAGGAGGAUGCUCGUUUCUUAUUAGGUGGAUGGAACUUCUGGCUCGUGCAAUAAAAGCUGAGGGAAUCGAGGAAAAAAAUCCGGAAAGUCAGGAAAGCAGUGAGACUGUAGAAGUCACCGUUAUUUGAGCCGUUCGAUAUAAGUAGCUUUAAAAUAUUUAACAACAGGAUAAUUUUAUUUCAAAUAAGGAGUUUUAAAACAUCGGUUCCCCUAACUAGGUAGUAAUUCUAAAUAAAUUUAUUUCACGCUGAUAAUUUUCCCCAAAAUUUAUGAGACUUUUUAGCCCAUACGAGACAUGAUCAAAUUAUGGAAUAUUAUGGGAUGCUUUCAAGAGCCAGUAGGUUAAUGGAAAGCACAACUAAUAUGCCAAAUAUAGUUAGAUUUUUCUAGAUCCCUACAUAGCAUAUUUUGUACAUGUAACCCUCGUUCUCUCCUCACUUGUAAUUUUAAAACUGAAAAAAAUAGAGAUGAGGUUUUUCUUUCAAUAACAUCCUCUUAUGCAUAGAUAAAUCUACAAUCGGCGUAAAAAUUAUCGACACUGACCUGUUCAACCCCCAAUUAGUUAAAUUUUAUCUGAUUUGCCCUUGUUAAGUUUCGCCCACCCCCCCCCCCAAAAAAAAAAAACAAUGUUGCAUCAUGAUUCCGUGAACUUUUAGCUACAUACAGGCAUCACUGAAUGUGGAAAGGGGAAUACCGCUUACUAACUGAUUUCGAGUUCCGUAUUGUAAGUUACAAACCGAGUUUUUUUCCGAGCGGAGAAAACGAGGUUAAAAAGCGUAACUUGCAGUACGGUCCGAGAAAACGAGGUUAGUAAGAUGAAUCUGGGUUCAAAUAGAGGAAUAGAAUUUAAUUUCAAACAAACUUUUGAACUUAGCGUGCCGUUUGUAGAAAUACGGCCUGCUAAAUUGACCAAUCAGAGCGUGUGUACUAACUGAAAGAUGUAAUUAGUUUUCCUUGCGUCGAGAGAUGUUCAGAUGUUUUUAAGAGCUAUUGUAAAGAAUUGAAAUUGCCGAGGCACUAUAAGAAUUUUUACUAAGAAAAGUGUCUAGUUAAGGGUGGAGUUAUUUUCCCUAUAUGUUUUUGUAACAUGGAAUUUUUUGUAUGCGAAGGAAAUAUAAUGCUUUAUUAUUU